UUUUCAUCAAAAUCAACUCCACACAGCGAUCACCGUACAAUUUAUUUAGUCAGUUUCUGGCGGUUCUCCAUCGACUGAGCAUCUCUGAGUGUGCUGGCAGAUUUCCCUCCUUGGAAGACACCCAUUAUAGCGGAGAGUCACACAAAGUUCACAUAGUUUAACAGACGCCCAAGAUGAUGCUGAAGCUGUUGGGAUUAUUCGGCCUUUUCGCCCUGUGCAGUGCCCAAGCCAAGGUGCCCGUUUACGUGUACUACGAGAGUCUCUGCCCGGACAGCCAGGCUUUCAUCACCCAGCAACUCUAUCCUGCCGUCAAGGGGCCACUGGGCAAGUUCGUGGACCUCAAGCUGGUGCCAUACGGAAAGUCUAAUUACACAACGUUGGGAGCGGAUGUCCUCUUCACGUGUCAUCAUGGCCCAAAUGAGUGCUACGGCAACAAGGUUCAGGCUUGUGCCAUCGACCACAUUCAGGUGAAUUCCUACCAGCACGAGCACACGCGAGAGACCCUGACCCUGGAGUUCAUCAACUGCCUGAUGAAGAUGGGCAACAAUUUCCCCGACUCCAUCUAUCCGGGCGAGAAGUGCGCCCGCCAAGUGGGUGUGCCCAACUGGGACAACAUUGAGCGAUGCGCCAACAGCACCGAGGGCAGCAAGAGCCUUCAGCGCUUCGGCGAGCUCACGGGGAUGCUCCAGCCUCAGCUCACGUCUGUGCCCACAGUGACCUUCCGCCAGAAGUACGACCACGACACACAGAUGAUGGCUCUGUCCAACUUCGGCCUGGCGCUGUGCAAGAAGAUUUCCUCCCCCACGCCCAUUGAGUGCUCCAACAUUCCCGGUGCCGCCGCAGAGAAGUCCUCGGCGGUCCUCAUCACCGUGGCGGCCCUCCUGUUUGCGCGCCUCUUCUAAGACGGACGCCAGAGAGCCCUAUUCAAGUACUUCUCACCUUGAUCAUUCCACCUUUUUUUGGCGCGCAUUUUAUACCCUCGUGCCGAGGGAUAAGAAGAAAAGACAACACAGUCCACAAGAACACGGCGAAGCAUCCUUAGGAGAAAAGCUAGUUUAGCGACAUUCUUUCGUCCUUUCAACACUCAUUGUCCCGUCCGUGAGAAAUUAAAUUUCUCCACCAGACAUUUUAUCCCCUCUUUCUGUGUAAAAAAUAGAAUUGUUAUGAGAUGUUCUUCCAAAGUUGUACCACAGUGAAGUAUAGAAGAAAUAAUAAA